GAAUUUGCAAAUUUUAAUCAAAUUUUAAAUUGUUAGUGACCCAAUUUUAAAUUUUCAAAUUCAAAAUUUAUUAAACAUAAUAUUCAAUCCAAUUAGAGAGGAGUUUGAUACUUAACCCCAUUUCGGAGGUCCAUUUCUGUAAUUAUUUUUCAAGUAUCCAGGUCCUCAAGGAGUAGAGAGCUUGGCCAAACACAACAAUGUCUGUAAUGGUGGUUACGAGCUUGGGCGAAUUCGUUAUAGACCUCUUUACCGAUCGUUGUCCCCUUACCUGCAAGAACUUUUUGAAACUAUGCAAGAUCAAAUACUACAAUGGAUGUUUAUUUCACACAGUGCAAAAGGAUUUCACAGCUCAAACUGGUGAUCCAACUGGCACGGGAAGUGGUGGCGACUCUAUUUACAAAUUUCUAUAUGGUGAUCAAGCUCGAUUCUUCAAUGAUGAGAUUUUCCCUGACGUAAAUCACUCAAAGAUGGGUACUGUGGCCAUGGCUAGUGCUGGGGAGAACCUGAAUGCAUCCCAGUUUUACAUAACAUUACGGGAUGAUCUGGACUAUCUUGACGAGAAGCAUACAGUUUUUGGAGAGGUUGCAGAAGGUCAUGAAACAUUGACAAGAAUAAAUGAAGCUUAUGCGGAUGACAAAGGGAGACCUUUUAAGAAUAUAAGAAUAAAGCACACUUAUGUUCUUGACGAUCCUUUUGAAGACCCUCCACAGCUGGCUGAUUUGAUACCUGGUUCUUCUCCUGAAGGAAAACCGAAAGAUGAGGUUGAUGAUGAUGUGAGGCUUGAAGAUGAUUGGGUACCUAUGGAUGAACAAAUAGAUCCAGAAGACUUGGUGGAAGUUAUUCGCACAAAAGAAGCACACUCCAGGGCUGUUGUUCUUGAAAGUAUUGGUGACAUUCCGGAUGCUGAUGUGAAACCUCCUGAGAAUGUGUUGUUUGUAUGUAAGCUUAAUCCCGUUACUGAGGAUGAAGAUCUGCAUACAAUAUUCUCUCGCUUUGGGACUGUCACUUCGGCCGAGGUUAUCCGGGAUUACAAGACUGGUGAUAGCUUGUGCUAUGCUUUCAUUGAAUUCGAGGAUAAGGAUGCUUGCGAACGAGCUUACUUCAAGAUGGACAAUGCAUUGAUUGAUGACAGGAGGAUACAUGUUGAUUUUAGUCAGAGUGUUUCAAAGCUAUGGAAUCAAUUUAGGCGCAAGGGAACCCAAGGAAGAGGAUGCUUCAAAUGUGGUGCACUAGAUCAUAUUGCAAAAGAUUGCUCCGCGGAUUUUCUUCCUAUGUCUGCUCCACAUCAGAAGUAUGUUCUUAAAGAUGAUAAUAAACAGCAUGGAGGAGAUAAAGAUGCAAGCUAUGAGAUGGUGUUUGAUGAAGAUGGUGGAUGCCCACCUAGUAAGAAGCACAGAGAUUACGAGCAACAUGAUAGGAAAAGACACAAAUCUGAAAGGAAUAGCUAUGAGGAUAAAAAAGCCCGAAUUCAUGGGAACAGAGACUUGAAGGACAAUUACAGGGACCGGCAUCGUAAAAAUGAUGACCAUGAUGGACGUAAUGGCAGGAGCGACGAGAGAGAGAGGGUGAGACGGGAUAGUCGUGUAAGGGAUGGGCGGAGGAGAGAGAGUGGGUAUGGUGACAGAAGUGAGGGGGAACACCGAAAGAACACUGUUGAGAUUGAAAGAUCAGACAAGAGAGACAGGUCAAGUAGUAAGACAGAUGUGGAAACUGAUGGUGAUAGAAGUAAACAGGAUGAGAGAAGCCGAACCAAGGAUUAUGAUGAUUACCAUGGUGAGAAGAGACGUAAUGAAAGAAAUGAAGGAAGCCGUAGGAGAGAUUCAGAGGUUGGCGUACCAAGAAGCAGAAGGGAUGAGCAGAAUUAUGAUAGAAGCUCAAGAGAGCGUUCUCGCCAUGGCACUGAUGAGAGGCGAAUGUAUGACAGGAGGUGACUUAAGGUGAUUACCUGAGCAUAGAUGUACUGAUUUUCUACUUAAGGUUAUACUUCAUCAUGCCCGUUGUAUUCUAUGCCGAGCAAGAAAAGGAAAACUAUUGAAACUCGAGUUGUGAAAUUGUCAGUGUUGAAAAAGACCAUUUUCCGCAUAUUGAUGGAAAUGAAAAUGAAUAAUCAAGAGGAUCAAGAAAAUCAAACUAAUGUCAUUGUGUUUUGGUGAAUGUAAUAGGAUCGGAUCUUUGUAUGAAAUUGUAAUCUAAGAAUGAAUUAGUUAGAUGUUUGCAUUGCUUUUAUCUUACUAUAUGAAUUUGUAUUCGUAAAUUGUAUCCCAACACUGCCCUUUUAAGCCCGCU